AUCACUAUAUCACCAUAUAUACACGCUUUUCAGAUCUACUCAGAUUUCCGUUCCCUUCAAAACAGUUUCUUCUCUCUUUCAUCGCAAUUUCAAUUUUCACUUCACCAAUCUCAGAUCCACGCAUUGUUACUUCCAUUCAGUUCAACUUGUAACCAAUGGCGAAGAAUCCUGCACUCGCAAGAUUCUCCGUUCUGGUUAUCCUCCUCAUUGCUUCAUUCUCACUUAACCUCGCUCUCGCCGCCGAUUCGCCGCCGGAACCUCUUUCCGACUCGCCUACACCGUCUCCUUCACCGGCACACUCUCCUCCCGAGGACGCUCCUACUCCUGCUCCUGCUCCGCUUAGUUCCCCGCCGGCUCCGACUCCGACUGAUCCAGAUUCGCCUCCGACACCGUCUCCAGCGAGCACUCCCUCUCCAUCUACAUCUCCAUCUCCAUCUCCGUCACCUGCGGAGGCUGCCGACGCCGACGGUGUUAACCGCACUGGCGUGAAAGACGAAGAAAGUAAAUCGUCCGGAGGAAUGAGUUCCGGAAAGAAGGCAGGGAUCGCGUUUGGAGUUAUUGCGGCUGCCGGCGUCGGCGUGGUUGGAUGCAUGGUGUAUCGGAAGCGCCGGCAGAACAUUGAGCGCUCUCAGUACGGUUAUGCAGCAAGGAGAGAGUUUCUGUAGAAGAAACAAUGAACUGGAUUUUGCGCUUAUUGUUUCGAUUUGUAGUAUUCCACCUCUGUUAUUAGCUUUUGGCUCAGGUUAUACUAUUCAUCAUCGAUAUUCUAGGUUAUUUUUUAUUUUUCGUUUUUCCUUUUCAAUUUCAUUAUUCGGAUUCUUCUUGUUUGUUGGUGAUAUGAUACUAAUUUUCAUUUUGUAGAACAAAUUUAAAACUGUUUUUGAGUCUUUGAUAAUUGGCUAUUACAUUCUUGUAGAGGUUGUUAUUAAUUCAAUAUCUCUUGAAUUUCAGUUA